AUGGCCUCUGGAGAUAACUUUGAUAGAGCCACUUGGAAGGACUCGACCCUACAAAAACUAUUGUUGGACUUCUGCAUUGAUGAGAUGUCCACACAUGGGAGACAAGGUGGGUCACUUAAGAAAGAAUCAUGGGCACAAAUUCAGAAAAAGAUCGUGGAAAAGCUCCAUAAGAAUUUUUCACAGAAGCAACUUAAAAAUGGAUUCGAUUAUUUAAAGAGAAAAUAUCAAUUAUGGGUGACCCUCAUCAAUAGGACUGGAAAUGGAUACAACCCGUCUACUGGUACAAUGGACUGGUCAAAUGACCAGUGGGAAGAGUUCUUGACGGCCUAUCCAAAUGCAAAAGUUUUUAUGUAUGCAAGACUCCAAUUUGCCGAUGAGUGCAGAGCAUUGUUUGGUGGGGUCUAUUCAAUUGGAGAAGUUGGUUGGACUCCAUUGUCAAAUAGGCCGAGACCAAUGGCAUCUACGGGUCUAUCAAAUGCUUCCCUAGGUACUGGUUUUGAUGGUGAGACCAUAGAUAGUGAUCCUAUUGACAUUGAUGAUAUGCCUAUCGCACCUCCCACAAGGUUCCAAACUCAAAAACAACAGACUUUUCAGGAGUCUAUAGGUCCAAGUGAACGCCCAUCCAAGAGGCAAAAAAAGUUCACUAGUGAGCUUGAUGCUAAAAUGGAGAAGCUUCUUGAUAUUAUGAUUGAUGAGGACGGAGGACCAACUGUAGAAGAAUGUGUUCAGAAGCUUGAUGAUUUUGGCUGGACACCUAGUACUCCUUUAUAUAUAGAGGCUUCGGUCAUCUUUGCGGAAAGCCUGGAAGCAAGAAAGGAAUGGAUCUGUUGGUGUGGUUCUUAUGGCACACCCAAUAAUGAGGCGAUUAAAUGGUGGAUAUCAGCAUAA